AUGAGCAUCGGAUCCAAGGAGGUUGACUACACGUGGCCUAACGGCACGGUACUCCGGCUCUACUGGCAGCACAUCGACGACCCUGCUUUCGUGCAUCUGCCCCUGUUCCCCCCAUCCUCUUCCCUGUUUCCCCGUUUCCCCUGCCGUGCUUCCACCCAUCCUAUCCCCUCUUGCCCCGUAUCCCCUGUCCUGCUUCCCGCCAUCCCCUUCCCUGCUUCCCCCCAUCCCUCCCCCCUGCUUCCCCCCAUCCCCUUCCCUGCUUCCCCCCAUCCCCUUCCCUGCUUCCCCCCGUCCCUUGCCCUUUUUUCCCCCAACCCCUUCCCUGCUCCCCCCCAUCCCCUUCCCUGCUUCCCCCCAUCCCUUGCCCUUCUUUCCCCCAACCCCUUCCCUGCUCCCCCUCAUCCGCUUCCCUGCUUCCCCCCAUCCCCUUCCCUGCUUCCCCCCAUCCCCUUCCCUGCUUUCCCCCAUCCCCUUCCCUGCUUCCCCCCAUCUGCUGCCCUCCUUUCCCCCAUCCCCUUCCCUGCUUCCCCCCAUCCUUCUCCCUGCUUCCCCCCAUCCCUCCCCCUGCUUCCCCCCACCCCCUUCCCUGCUUCCCCUCAUUCCCUUCCCUGCUUCCCCCCAUCCCCUGCCCUGCUUCCCCCCAUCCCCUUCCCUGCUUCCCCCCAUCCCCUGCCCUGCUUCCCCCCAUCCCCUUCCCUGCUUUCCCCCAUCCCCUUCCCUGCUUCCCCAUCCCCUUCCCUGCUUUCCCCCAUCCCCUUCCCUGCUUUCCCCCAUCCCCUUCCCUGCUUCUACCCAUCCCCUCCCCUGCUUCUCCCCAUCCCCUCCCCUGCUUCCCCCCAUCCUCUUCCCUACUUCCCCCCAUCCCCUUCCCUGUUUCCUACCAUCACUCUCAUUCUCCUUCCUCCCUCCCACACUCACUCUCUCAGUCCUCUCGCACUCUCUCUCUCUCCAUCCUCUCGCACUCGCACUCUCCUUCCCCUCACCCUCUGUCCUGUUCCCACCUGCCCUCCCCAUCCCUGUCUUUCCCUCCCUGCCCUGCCCUUCCCUUCUCCAUCACUUCUCAACCCUUCCAUUCCUUUUCGUGCCCUCCCCCUUCCCCCUCACCUUCCGCCCUCUAGUUCCCAUGCAUGUGCACCCAUCAUUGUCUCCCCAUACAUGCUUCCUUCAUGUGCCCUUGCUUGUGUUCCCCUGCAGUUGUUCCCUUGGCACCUCACACCACCUCCCCCAUGUUCCUUCACACAAUCCAUUCUGCCUACUCCACUCCCCAUUUUUUCAGUGGUGAAGCAGAUGAGCAAGUUGAGGCGCAGCUGGAGCUAG